AUGUUUCGCGCUUUGUCAUCCGACUCUUCUAAGCUACCCAGCAGCAUUUUGAAGGACCUAGGGGAAGAGAUUGCCAAGGGUUUAGCAACCACUUCUGUGGCCCCUAUAAGUGAACCAGCGGGGACCUCGAUCCAACUCCCUGCGGAACCUGAAACCUCUGAAGCGAGUUCUAUCCCUGUGGAGCUGCCCGAGGAAGAGCGGGCCCUUUCUCCUCUCCCAGAUAAGCGCCUGCGCCUUCAAUGCAAGAGAAAGAGGGUCACUCCCUCCGUCCAAUCAUCUCCCUCUCUUCUUCCUUCUGGACGAACUUCUUCCAAGGCCUCCAAGGCCAAGACAAAGACUCCUUCCCGAACGUCUCCUUCCCCCGAUCCAAAAGUGUCAGCUUCUACUUCAGCCCAGGCUGUGCCUCCCGAGCAGGCAGUCGCGGCUUCUACUCCAACACAGGCUCACCUACGGGAACUGGAGCUACCCAUAAUCCAGCGGAGUGUGCUUGAUCCCGCCACUCCUGGCAAUCCUGUGCAAUCCUAUCUUCAUGCGGCCGGGGAGUCCACUCAAUCAGCUCGGAACUUAGCCCAUGCAUCUUUCAAAAAAAUAAAGACUCUGGAAAAGACCCUAAAAACCAGUAAAUCUCAAUUGAAAUCGGAGGGGCAACGUCGCAUCCAGAUUUUGGCCGAUCUGGAAGAGAAAGAACUGGAGGUGGCCACUCUUUCUGAACAAUUGAAGACCCUGCAAGAGUCUUAUACCGCCCUAGAAAAAGACCUGGCGACCACCAAGACGAACCUAACCGCCAGUGGCGAACGAGAGGCGGCCCUCAAAAGCCAAUGGGAGGCCAAGAAGGACACCGUCCGUUCUCUGCAAUCAUAUCUCCUCAAGGCUAAGGAGGAGGCUUCCCACACUGUGCAAGAAACAACGUUGGCGUGGGCUGACGGGGUUAAAGCUAAGGGAGAGCAGGCUGACUACAGGGCGGGGGAGAUUGGCCGCUUGAAGGCGUACCGAAUUGCCUAUGUCAAGUUCACCAGUUUUGGAAAGAAGAUAGGCCACUUGAUUGACAUGAUGCUAUGUUAUGGCGGCGUGGGCGCGGCACGCCAACUGUUUGAACAGGGCCUCCUCUGA